AUUCUCCAAAGCAAAGACAUCGGCAUGAAAUCCCUUUCUUUAUCUGAAUUCACAGAGAGAAGGAAGAGAGAAAGGGCUGAAAUCUCGCUGAGGAGAUCGUCACGCUUCUUCUGAUCGAUACGAUAUUACUUGGUUCCAUUGCAGCGAUCAAUCUGUGCGUGAUUUGAUCCUGAAAUGUCUCUGGCCGGAGAUGAUCACAUUGUCUCCGUGAUAAGGAAGGAAGAGGCCGCGGAAACGGAGGCGAUCGCUCGGGAUACAUCCGUUAUAUGGGAGAAGGAGCGAUAGUUCAACCGUUUCCAAUCUAAUUCACCACAAAUAUCUUAUUAAAUUCAAUCGACCGUUUUCGACAACCAAAUCGUUUUUCCGUUUAAAUUGCGAGAGAGAUGUCGAUCUCGGCUACGGAGGCGAAGGCGGCGCCGGCGACGCAAGUAGAGGUGGAGUUCGCCAAGUGUGAAUGCUGCGGCCUGACUGAGGAGUGUACGCCGGCGUACAUCGUGGGUGUGCGGGAAAGGCACCAUGGCCGAUGGAUCUGCGGUCUCUGCACCGAGGCCGUUGCAGAUGAGAUCGGCCGUGCGGAUCAACGGAUCUCCUCGGAGGAAGCGCUCGCCCGCCAUAUGAGUUUUUCUCGCGAUUUCCGCUUCCGCGCCGUGUCUCAGGAUCCGUCGGAAUCCGCUGAAUAUCUAAUCUCCGCCAUGCGACUUCUUCUGCGCCGCAGCCUUGAAUCGCCGCGGUCGCUGAGGUCGACGCCGGCGAGCCCGCGCCGGCGGAUGGAGGAAGAAAAAGCCGAUGAUGUCCCACGGCCAUCUCUCACACGGUCCGGUAGCUGCUUCCCCACCAUCGCUGGCUGAAAGAAACCGAAGGUUAUCGAUCAGCCUCCAAGUACUUUACAUAUGCUGAUGAAAUGUAAGAAAUAAACAGCAUAUUUCUCCAUUGGUAGCUCAAUGGUUAAUGCUUUCUUGUAAGUUGAAGAACUUCAAGCCUUUUCGUAGUUUAUUAAAUUUUGUCCUCAUUUUCAUUUCUGA